AUGGUUACCAUAACAACAGCAUUCACUAGGCCACAGCAAGUGAUUAUCGGUAGUCUGUUAGCAGCCAUAUUUUUACUCGCGUACUCCAUCUUCACAUUGAAUGUCCAGAGCCACGUGGAUAUCAGUUUUGGGAAUCUCAGAGUUGAUGCCAUUUAUAAACAUGCUCGACAACUUGCAGAUGGAAGCGUGGAACUAACUUUAAAUAUUCCAAGUGGAUCUGUCCCAUUAUCCAAAUCCCACAUAUUAGCUUUAAGCGUCAAAGAUGCUAAAGCAGAUGCUGAGAAGAAGACAUUGCCAAAAGAUAGGAAAACGUCAUAUCCGUUAACUAUAAAUAGUCCUUACGUCAUCAAUAGUCCGGAUGUUUGCAAAAACGUUAAAAAUCUUGCAUUUAUUACUAUCGUUCAUACAGCGACGGACCAUUUUGAUCGUAGAAGGCUCAUCCGCGAAACAUUCGCCAACAAGGAUUUGUUUAAAAAUGUAACUAGUCGGAUUGUGUUCGUAUUUGGAUUAUCGCCGGAUAUAACGGUACAAACCUUGCUGGAAAACGAACAAACAAUUCACGGAGACAUCGUUCAAGGUGAUUUUCUAGACACCUAUCACAAUCUUACUCAUAAAGGUGUCCUGGCAUUCCGUUGGGUGUCUGAAUAUUGUAAUCAUUCCAAACUUGUUGUAAAAAUAGACGAUGAUAUGUUUUUAAAUCCAUUUUCGAUAGUACAAGAUAUCAUUCCAAAAUACGCGAAUAAAAAGCGGUUUAUGUUGUGUCAUCUGCGAUCUAAGGGAACUAGUGGCAUCAUGCGCGGAAAAAAGUACAAAUGGCAUGUGGAGAACGAUCAAUUCAAAGGGUAUAAAAGCUACCCUGUGUCUUAUUGUAAUGGAUACUUCGUUAUUAUUUCCCCUGAGAUAAUUUCACCAAUGUACCGAGCAUCAUCAUUUACGCCAUUCUUUUGGGUGGAUGACGUGUACCUGUAUGGACUCUUGCCGUCAAAAAUAGGUCAUGUAGUCCAUGAGAACAUACGUGGCUUUUUGACGUUAAACAUGAAUCACGGAAUAAAGUGUUAUGCGGCUAAAACACCGUGUCCAUAUAUUGCUGUGAACGCCUGGCAGACAACAGCAGUUGAGAACUUGUGGAGAUCAACACUGGAAAAACUGACAAAGGAACAGAGAGCACUAGUCAAUGAUCGUUUUCUCAUAACUUAAUAUCAGUAAAAUUCUGUAGUGCCUUAAUAAAUACGUUGCCUAAUAUUUCAUUUACAAAUUGGUAUAACUCAAUGCCAGUUGUACCACUUUUGAGUUUUAACGGCAUGUCUAUUCAUUCUUAUUGAGAAUCCCAAAAACAAAAUAAUAAUAUUCAACAAAAUUUAAUAUCAUUGCAAUUCAAGGGAAAUAAUAAAUAUAUGAUAAAGCACGAAUAAAUAGUUGAUAAAUAGUGCAUGGUGUGUUCUUGUUGUAGAGUAACUUAAUUAAAAAUCUUCAGGGUAUUGAUUGCAAUGGAUCUUAAAAUAAAUAAUUGCCACGGAAAUGACGAAAUCAGGAAGUACGGAACAUUUAUAACAAAAAUUAAAAAUGGAAAACAUCAAGUCAACAAUUAUAUAAGCGAAUAUCCACAAAAGUAAAGCAGAAAAUAUGUAAACUUUAAUGUCAAGUUAAUAUUAUGCUUUACGGAGCCCCUAAGGCGCAAUUGUAAACAUAUUUAUUUAUUAUUUCGUUUAAUCGAAAUAAUUAUUUCGUUUAAACGUAAUAAAUGAAAUAAAUGUUAUUUCGUUUAAACGAAUUAAUUAUUUCGUUUAAACGAAAUAAUAAAUAAAUAUGUUUACAAUUGCGCCUUAGGGGCUCCGUAAUGCUUCAAUAAUACCUAUCAACUAUUGAAAUUUCUGUUAUAAGAUGACAUAUCUCUCAGAGCGUGUUUCUAAUAAAUAGAAUACUAUACUGUACUCGAAUUACUAGAUAGAUAUAGUUGCUUGUUCAGAUACCUAUUUAAUGGUGAAACAUACACACAAUCAUAUAAGCAUAUAUCUGCCCUGGAAGCUGUGUCAUGCAGUUUGCUAUAAUAAAUAUAUAUAUAUAUACAAAUUUAGUUCGAAAUAGGUAUCAACGGGUAAAUUCGGCGUCAGAACUUGACGCACUUCAUUCAACACCAGCAUUACCGUCUUUACCAUCAGCAAAGUCUGCUAAAACACUGCUAGAUGUUGAUCUAUCUAAUGUACUUUGUAUCAUCCUAGUCAAGCUGCUACUCAAGGAUGACGCUGCUCCGAUCAAAUUUUUACCGCUAAUGGAUUCGGAAUUUGACGUGUGCUGCUCGGCUGAGAUCUUCUGAGCUAAAGCAGCCAACUUGUCGGAUGCACUAUGAGUUGAAGACAGUUUUGGCAAUGGACAAACUGUUUGACUAUGGACCACGAGUUGUGAAACAUUUGGAGUUUCUCGAACGAUUGAAGAUGACACAGCUUU